AUGGAGAAGGACGAGUCUAUCGCCGUCACCACUGGUGCGAUGGUCGAUGAAACCGCACCCGAUGAUAAACUCAAGGCGCUGCGAGACCUCAAGGAUCACCAUAAUUGGGAUCCAAACAUGCCCGAGGAUGUCGUGGAGGAACUCGAUGAAGCCUUGCACACAUCUGACAAGCAAACCAGGGAGGCCAUUGCUCAGGAACUCCUGGAUAACUCCCCGUACCCCGAAGUUCGGUCUGCUGUCCCCAACAUCGAUGAGGGUGGCGCUGUGAAUACCAUUCGUGCCUGGGUGAUUGGUCUUCUCUUUGCGACCAUCGGAUCUUCCCUCAACAUGCUGUUCUCCAUGCGCCAGCCUUACAUUGUUAUCCCCUCAUACAUUGCACAGGUCGUCGCUUACCCAGUUGGAAAGGCCUGGGAAGCGUGGAUGCCCAAUUAUACCUUCAAUUUCUUCGGCCACAAAGCCGAACUCAACCCGGGUGUUUUCACCAAGAAAGAACAUACCAUUGUCGUUAUCAUGGCUAACGCCACUUUCGGUGGUGGCGCCGCCUACGCGACGGAUGUCCUCUUGGCUCAGCGUGCCUUCUAUGGACAGCACUUCGGCUGGGGUUUCGAGAUCCUCAUGUGUGUCUCAACUCAAAUGUUGGGUUUCGGCAUGGCCGGCUUCUUUACUCGCUUCUUGGUGUCGCCCUCUGCUAUGAUCUGGCCCUCGACCCUGAUCAACACCUCCCUCUUCGCUGCGCUGCACGAUCGCACCAAGCCGGAUCCCAGCAAGGUCGCUGGCUGGAGGAUCGGUAAAUAUCAGAUGUUCCUCUACGCCAUGAUUGCCUCUUUCAGCUGGUACUGGUUCCCCGGCUACAUUGCGCCUUUCCUGAGUAUCUUUGCCUGGAUCACCUGGAUCAAGCCCAACAACGUGAUCGUCAAUCAGCUCUUUGGUGGAGCGACCGGCUUGUCGCUUCUUCCAAUGACCUUUGACUGGACUCAGAUCUCUGGUUUCAACUUCAGUCCCAUGAUUGCCCCUUGGUAUGCCAUCUCCAAUACCAUGAUCGGCAUGUUUCUCUGGUUCUGGAUUGUUACCCCCGCCAUUCAUUACUCCAAUCUCUUCUAUUCUCAGUUCCUCCCCAUGAGCGACUCCAGCAGUUACGACAACACCGGUAAUGUGUAUAAUGUCUCCAAGAUUCUGACUCCGGAUUACACCUUUGACACUAAAAAAUACGAGAGUUACUCCCCUCUCUUCCUGUCGACCACAUUCAUGCUGUCCUAUGGUCUAUCCUUUGCCAGUAUCGUCGCUGUGCUCGUUCAGGCCGGUCUUUUCAAUGGUGCGGAUAUCUGGGCUCGCUUCCGUCGCGUCGGAAAAGAGGAGGAGGAUGUUCACGGCCGCCUCAUGACUCGCUACGCUACAGUUCCACUUUGGUGGUACUUGGUUGUGUUUUUGACCAUGGUCGGAAUAGGCUUCGGUGUUAUUCUGGGCUGGGAGACACACAUGAGCUGGUGGUCCUUCAUCAUUGCCCUGCUCAUUUCCGCUAUUUGGUUUAUUCCUAUUGGCAUCGUCAAGGCUGCCACCAACAUCGACAUCGGUCUCAAUGUCAUCACUGAAUUCAUCAUCGGUUACAUGCAACCCGGUAGACCUAUGGCAAUGAUGCUGUUCAAGACCUACGGUUACAUCAGCAUGUACCAGGGAAUGUACUUCACACAGGAUCUGAAAAUUGGUCACUACAUGAAGAUUCCUCCCCGUGUUACUUUCAUGGCACAAAUGGUCGCUUGUUUCUGGUCCUCCCUGGUGCAAAUCGCCACCAUGAACUGGGCUCUGGGUGCCAUCAAGGGCGUCUGUGACCAGUUCCAGCCUAACCACUUCACCUGCCCCAACGGUCGUGUGUUCUUCAACGCCUCCGUCAUCUGGGGUGUCAUCGGCCCCGCCCGCAUGUUCUCCAUCGGCCAGCUCUACUCUCCCCUAAUGUUCUUCUUCCUCGCCGGUGGCAUCCUCCCCGUCCUCAUCUACAUCGGUGCCCGUUUCUUCCCCAAGAGCCCUAUCAAGUACCUCAGUGCCCCUAUCAUCUUCGGUGGUGCCGGUUUGAUCCCCCCCGCUACCCCUCUGAACUACCUCUCCUGGGGUAUCGUAGGAUUCAUCUUCAACAAGUACAUCCGUGACCGCUGGCGCGGAUGGUGGAUGCAGUACAACUACGUCCUGUCCGCUGGUCUGGAUGUCGGUCUCGCUCUGUGCACCAUUGUCAUUUUCUUGUGUCUCAACUUGACCGAUACCAACUUCCCCGAAUGGUGGGGCACUAGAAUCGCGGGUGGCACUAUGGAUGUCACCGAUGCAGCCGUUCGUAGCCCUGUCGCUGAGGGCCAGACCUUCGGUCCCACCAAGUGGUAG